CCCGCCGCAGCCAGCCCGCCGCGUACCGCCUGCUGCUCCGCGCACCGCCGUCCGCCAGCCCGGGAUGAGCGCGUCCCAGGCUGCCGUAGAAGAGGCGCCGCACAGCGGGCGCUCGGUCAAGGUGGUCCUGGUGGGCGACGGGGGCUGCGGGAAGACGUCACUGAUGAUGGUCUUCGCCAAAGGGGCCUUCCCAGAGAGCUACAGUCCCACAGUGUUUGAGCGCUAUUACGCCACUCUGCAGAGGAAGGGUAAACCUGUGCACCUCCAAAUCUGGGACACAGCUGGGCAAGAUGACUAUGACCGCCUUCGGCCCUUGUUCUAUCCUGAUGCCAAUGUCUUGCUCCUCUGCUUCGAUGUGACCAAUCCAAACAGCUUUGACAACGUCUCCAACCGGUGGUACCCAGAGGUGACACAUUUCUGCAAGGGAGUGCCCAUUAUUGUUGUGGGCUGCAAGAUAGACCUGCGUAAGGACAAGGUGCUGGUGAACAAUCUUCGGAAGAAAAGACUGGAGCCUGUGACCUACCAUAGGGUAGGUAGGAAGCUAGCCCUGGGGGAGAGUCAUUUGGAGAGGGAUAAUUCUCUACAGUGCCAUGUGUGUCACACACUGGGGGUCUUGGAGGAUGUCAGCAGUCAGGAAGGGUCAGCACUUGGAAGCAGAACCCAGAAUACUCAAGGAGGUUCUGACAGGACAGAUAGGUAAUAUGUAUAGCACAAAUGAGACCCCUGGGGUCCAUGUUAUUUGGUUUUAUACCCUUCUCUGCAACACAGAUUAUUUGCCCACUGAAGGUGCCCUAGAAAAGCCCCACUUCCCACUAUUUUCCUCAAGACUCCUGGCAUUGCCAAAAGGGCUGCAGCAAGACCAAAUGUGAGUUUCACUCUGCAUCCCAAAUUCAUAGUAGCUCCUACUGCUCUUUGGCAGGGCCACGAUAUGGCAAGGUCUGUGGGAGCAGUGGCCUAUCUUGAGUGUUCAGCUCGGCUCCAUGACAACGUGGAAGCCGUUUUCCAAGAAGCAGCAGAAGUGGCUCUCAGCAGUCGCAGACAUAACUUUUGGCGGCGGAUUGCUCAGAAUUGUUGCGUGGCCACCUGACUGGUUUGGAACCCAUCUUGCCUUCCCGUUAACUCAGCUGGAGAAAGACCCAGGAGCAGAACUUCUACUCUGUUGACUGGGAUGGACCUAAUCCCCAGGCUGAGCUGGUAGAACCACACAUCCACCCACAGAUGGGCUCCACUGAGGCCUGGCCCCUGGACCGAGGAAUCCUGGAUUGAAGAAGAGGGUUCCCAGACCCUUAGCUCUGGAACCAUUAAUAGACUCCUGUGCCCAAUCCUGGACCUGCGUCCUGAGCGGGGGUCUGUGCGGUCUGAUUUGGCGCCACCUUGUGGCUAUUCUGUUGAGUUAUAUCUACAGGACCUAGGGUUCCCGAGACCAUCCUACCCGGGCUAAUACCCUGCCCUGUCCGUGAUCAUCCUAUUCAUCCCAUUGCUAAGUGUAACAACUAAAAUGGCGUCGCUUGC